AAUUAAUAAUUUAUGAAUAUUCAUUAGUUCGUGAUGGAUGGAGGAGGUGUGACGAAGAUGGAGACACAGGAGCACCUUGGCUCUAUGUCCAUGCCAGGAGAAGCAGGCACAAAUAAUAAGAAACCAGAGAAAAGGAUAGGGGAAGAGGAAAAUGAUGAUGCAGAAGAAGAUGAUGAUGAAGAAGAUGAUGAAGAGGACGAUGAGGACGACGACGACGAUGAUGAUGAUGAUAAUGAUGAGGAAGUAGAUGAGCCUAAGCUGAAGUAUGAGAGAAUAAGCAAUACUUUGGAGGAUAUUCUCAACACAGAUGCAGCCAGCUAUCUCGCUGUUCACAUCAAGUUUCUUGCCAUUGGUACCCAUUGGGGAGUGUUACAUGUUUUGGAUCAUCAAGGUAAUAACAUCAGUGGGAAAGAAUUCACUAAGCACACAACAACGGUAAACCAGGUUAGUAUGGACAUGAACGGAGAUUACUUGGCUAGCUGCUCCGAUGAUGGAAGGGUUGCUAUCAUUGGAUUGUAUGAAGGAGAGCACAAUCAAGUCCAGUCCUUUGACAGGCCAGUCAAGGCCGUGGCUCUCGAUCCCAAGUUUUCCCGUCCCGGAAGUGGAAAGCAGUUUAUUACAGGAAGUGAUCGGCUUGUUCUCCAUGAGAAAGGGUUCUUAGGUCGUAGUAAGUCCACCAUUCUACAUCAUGGUGAAGGACCAAUCAGGAGCAUCAAGUGGAGAGGGUCAUUAGUAGCAUGGGCAAAUGAUCUGGGGGUUAAGGUAUAUGACAUGCAAUCCAAGCGGCGGAUCACCUUCAUCAAGAGGGAUCACCCAGAGGCUAUGAGACCAGAGAUAUAUCGAUGUAAUCUUUGUUGGAAGGAUGAUAAUACUCUCCUCAUUGGAUGGGCUAAUACAAUUAAGAUUUGCUCUGUUAAGGAGAGGAUAACACCAGAGAACAAAGAUUUACCAAGCAAAUAUGUUGAGAUAACAUCAAUGUUUUCUACUGAUUUUACUGUUUGUGGAGUGGCUCCGCUUAGUGAUGAUCUGGUGGUUCUUGCUUUUGUGACCAGUGGGCCAAAAAAUGAUGGUGAAGAUAGUGGUGCUCGACGACCUCAGUUGAAGAUCAUAACACCACUGCCUGAUGACUAUCAGUUGGUGACUAGCGAUGCAUUAUCAAUGAGAGGCUUCCAAUCAUACAGACCAAAUGACUAUCAUCUUGAAUAUGAAUCAGAUGAAGGGGUGUUUUACAUCGUCAGUCCGAAGGAUGUAGUGGUUGCUAGGCAACGAGACAUGGAUGAUCACAUCAAGUGGCUCAUAGACCAAGAGAAAUACGAGGAGGCUUUAUCUGAAGCUCGUAUCCAUCACAAGGAUCUGGUUAAGAUUCGACCUCUAGACGUUGGCCACACCUAUCUUAAUCAUCUUAUCAGCACUGGAGAGUUUGAUAAAGCUGCUAGCCUCUGUCCUUUGAUUCUUGGUAAGAGCAAGGAUCUAUGGGAGGAGGAAGUCUUUAAGUUUGCCAAGCUCCAUAAACUCAAAGUCAUUAGUCAGUACAUUCCAAAGGGAGACAUGAGACUCUCUAAAGCAAUUUAUGAGAUGAUACUAAAUGAAUACCUACAGACUGAUCUUCAGGGUUUCAAUAAAUUGAUCAAGGAAUGGCCUCAUGACUUGUAUGACCUGAUGACCGUGGUGUCGGCUGUUAUGGAACGUCUGACCAUUGACCCAAGGAAUCCUGUCUUGAUGCAGACUCUGGGGGAGCUCUACAUUUAUGAUCAACGUUACGACAAAGCUCUUGCCAUUUACCUCGAAUUGGGGCAUGCAGAUGUGUUUAAGCUGAUUCACAAGCGCAAUCUCUUCGACUCAAUCCAGGAUAAGAUUGUUCUUUUGAUGAAAUUUGACACUACUCAAGCCAUUGAGAUGCUCAUCACAAACUCUGACAAAGUAGCUGUUAAGAAAGUGGUAUCGCAAUUACAUGACCAUCGCCAGCUAUUGUACCAGUAUCUUGACGCAUUAUUCCAGAAAGAUCCAAAUCAAGGCAAAGAUUUCCAUGCCAUGCAGGUUGAGCUUUACGCUGAGUUUGACAGACCACGCCUUCUUCCUUUCCUCAAGACCAGUAACUUCUAUCCAUUGCAACAGGCCUUAGAACAAUGUGAACAGAGGAACUUCAUCAAGGAGAUGGUCUUUCUUCUUGGUCGGAUGGGUAACACCAAGCAAGCCCUGAGAUUAAUCACGGAGGAAUUGAAAGAUGUUGAGCAAGCGAUCAUCUUUGCCAAGGAACAUGAUGAUGUAGAGCUAUGGGGUGAUCUUAUUGAUUACUCUAUGGACAAACCACCUUUCAUCACCGGACUACUGAACAAUAUUGGUACUCAUGUUGAUCCUAUUAUUCUAAUUAAGAGAAUUAAAGAAGGAAUGGAGAUUCCAGGGCUUAGAGAUUCACUUGUAAAGAUUCUACACGACUACAACUUGCAGAUCAUGUUGAGAGAAGGAUGUAAGAAGAUUCUGGUAUCAGAUUGUUUCUCACUGAUGCAGCGGCUUAACAAAAUUCAGAAGAGGGGAGUCAGAAUAGGUGAUGCACAAACAUGUGAUUGCUGUCAUCAACCACUACAAAACACAGAGCCUCCUCCAGUAGCAGUUGUGUUUUACUGUCAUCACACAUUCCAUGAAGAAUGCAUUCUUUCUCAAAAUAUGACGCAUUGCCUGAUUUGUCAUUCUCAACGGCGUGGGCCAGGAAGCAUAGCAUCAGGGUUUAUGAGAUGAUCAGCAGCAUUGAUAUAUGGAAACCAACGUAUAUAGACUGACAUAGUAACUCAAGAUAUGAAUGCUAGCUACCAUCCCAUGACAAAAGGAUUCAACUUUGAAUUAUUAUUUUUUUCAAAAUUGAUUUUUUUUCCCCCUUGAUUUUGGGAUAUUGCCUGUAUGCCGUACAUUUCGCUAUAAGGAGUUGGAGUCACAAGCCCGCAAAUCCUGAAAUAUGGACAUUUCAAAAGUCAGUAGCUCUGUGUAUUUCCACAUAUUAAAGACAUUGACACAUUUUCCUCAUUUACUAAGAAACUUCACAGAGAUGCUUCUUUAUGUCAUGGGAUGGCAGAAUUAAUAAUUAAGUUCAAGCAUGGAGAAGACUGCCUCUUCUGAAUAUAUAGCACUACUAUAAUACCCACAAACACAUCCUGUUCGGUAUGUUAUGCCUUGGAUCAUUGGUGCGUGUAUUUGCUUUUUAUUUACACGCAAGUGCCACUCCAGAGUGGGACUCUA